AUGGACGAUCCUACCCUGCUGAUCCUAUGGCUGCUGACCUGGCUGGCCGUGACCAUCAUGGUCUCGCGCCUGCUUCUGCGCAAGGUACGAGGCCAGGACUACAGCGCUGGCGACUACCUGACCAUGGCCGCAAUCUUCUGCGCCUUUGUCCGCCUUGCCCUGAUUCAUGUUGUCCUCGUCUGGGGCACAAACAACAUGUCCCCACAGCUCCGCGACAAGACACACUGGACGCCUGAGAAGGUCUACCGCCGUGAGAUUGGGAGCAAAUUCGCCGUCGUGAACCGCGUCUUCUACAAUUCAUAUCUGUGGCUGCAAAAGCUCGUUCUCUUGGACAUCACACGCCAGCUCAUCAAGGGCUUGCACUGGGAGUAUGCCGUGCUGCGAUUCUAUCUCUUCAUUUUCGGCGGAACCUACGUUGCCGUGCAAGUCGUCACUUUCACCGAAUGCACUCCCUUCCAUUUGUACUGGCAAGUGCUUCCAGAUCCAGGAAGCUGUUCCCAGGCCCAGACCCAACUCGUCGCCGUCGGAAUCCUAAACAUCCUCACCGACAUCAUGCUCAUGAUCCUUCCCAUCCCCAUCUUCUUUUACUAUUGGAAGCGGCCAUUGUUGCAGCGCAUACACAUCUUCUCGCUCUUCUGCCUCGGCAUCUUCAUCGUCGCCAUCACCGCCAUCCGCCUCCCGCAGAACUACAACCAAGCCACCAGCCAGGUCAACCGAACGACGUGGGCGAGCAUCGAGCUCUUCGUCGUCGCCUUGGCCGUCAACGCGCCAGUGUUAUACACUUUGAGGAAACGGCAGCUGCGACCUCAGCAGCCACCGCCGGCAACCGUCAUCGAGCUCAGCGACGGCCCGGCAAGCGAUUCGCCCAUGGUGCAGGAUCUCGAGGCGAGGAAUGAAUAUUACAACCGGACAAGAGUCGACACCGCUAUGGUUCCGGACACGCCAAAACUAAAGCGCUGA